AUGCCAAAACGAUCAUCUGCCAUGUCCUCCGCCAUCCAAACGACCAAUCAUGCAAGUACGAAUACUACGAAUACUACCACCAAGAAUACUACUACUACAACUCCUCCAACCUCUACAACCACUACAACCACUACUACGAAUACUCCAACUUGUAACAAAGAAUCUCUAUCGGAAGAAACUCUCAACAAUAUUCUUCAUUUAGCAUUGCAAUUAUAUCAUGGUAAAAAGUGUCUAUUUGUGACAGGUGCAGGUUUAUCCGUUUCAAGUGGAAUUGCAACCUAUAGAGGUGAUUCAAAUUCUGUUUGGAGUAAUCACAUUAUAGAAAUGGGAACUCGAAGAAUGUUUCAAUCCAAUCCAUUAGAUUGGUAUAAUAAUUUUUGGUUACAAACUCAUCAUCGAAGAGAAUAUUUAAUUGCAAAACCAAAUGAAGGACAUUAUUCGAUUGCAAGAUUAAGUAAAUUAUGUAAUGUGAGAGUCAUUACACAAAAUAUUGAUCAUUUACAUUUAAAGACAAGUUUAUCACCAUCAUUGGUGAUUGAAGUGCAUGGAAGAUUGGGUCUCUACAAGUGUAUCAAUCAAAGAAAAAAGAAUCCUUGUCCCUACUCAAAAACACUCAGUAUUGAUUCGAUUGAAAUUAUGGAUUACAUGGUGACUACUACUACUACUACCAGGAAUCAUUCUACUGCACCUACUAAUAAUAAUUCUACUACCUCGAAUCAUUCUAAUCAUCAAGAGGACCUCCAUUCGACAGACUCAACCUAUCCAGCUCGUACUGCUGCUACUUUUGUCAAAAAGAAGAAACCAACAAGUAGUAGAAGCACCACCACCACCAGAACCAACUCUACCACCAACUCUGCCACCAACUCUACUCGAAACGCCACCAACUCUGCCACCAACUUGUCUACUUUUACAAAUAACAACAACAAGAAUUACGUGACAUCAAACACAUCAUCAACAUUUACCAUUCACUCAGUUCCCAAAUGUCCUUCUUGUUGUAAACCUGUUCUCCCGCAAGCUCUUUUAUUUGAUGAAAAGUAUGAAAGUCAUGAUUUCUAUCAAUGGCAAAAGGCAAUGGAAUGGAUUGGUGAUUGCGAUUUAAUUGUAUUUGUUGGAACAUCAUUUUCAGUGGGUGUGACUGCAGAAUGUUUGAGUAUUGUUCAAGAACAAAAUAAGAGUUUUCAUGAUGAUGAAGAAUGUGACAAGAAAGAGGACAAGGAUUGUAAUGAGUGUGAAAAGGAUUGGAAGGAGAACAAGAAUACUCCUCCUUCAAGAAAGAUCAUGUACAAUUUCAAUAUGAGACUUGAUGAAGAGGUUAAAGAUUUAAAUGACAUGUAUCAUGUGAUUGGAAGAUCAGAAUGUACUUUACCUUUAUUGUAUGAAACAUUAGUAGAGAUUGGAAGAGUGAAUCGAUGGACCACGAAUAUGCAUGCUCUUACUGUCAUUACUACUAAUAUCAUUCCUACUACUACUACGAGUUCUACUACUGUCAUUACAACUGAUACCGUUCCUACUACUACUACUAGUAGUAAUAAUACCAUUCAAUGUCAUCAUGAUGACUUGAAAGAGAUCAAACAGAAUGAAUCCUAUCGUCAUGAUUGUUGUCAUCAUGAUGAAUCAACUAAAACCACAACCACAACUAUUACUACCAUGACUACCACAUGUCAAAAUUUUCAUGAACAUGACAUGGGUUGUCAUUUGGGAACUCCCAUCCAUUCCUCAAAUACAUUUUUCAGCACCAGCACCACCAAUACUAAUAACAACAACGCCACAACUACUUCUACUACGACUGGCUCUAAUAAUAGUGGUGGUGAUCAUCCUAAGGUGGUCAUGAUGAAAACUGCAAAAAGAUUUCACUCUCGAUUAAGAAUGUAUUAUUAUUCCUCUCAACAACAAGAGACAUCACAAAGAAAACGAAAUCUUUUGAGUACAAGCACCACCACCACCACCACAAGGACUACGAAGAGGACUACUACUACCACGAUGAUGAGGAGUUCUUAUUCACAACAACAAGAACCACAACUCGCAGCACCAUCUUCUCUUCUCUCUUCAACAACAACCAAAAGAGCCUUCCAAAUCAAAUAUCAAGAUGAUGAUGAUGAUGUGAAUCAACCAUUGUUGCAUCACAAACACCACUCUCUUGAUCCAAACAUUCAGAAAAAACAUCACACAUCUCCUGCUUCAAAAAAGUUCAAGCAAAUUCAAGAUGAAAGCCUUUCAUUGAAUCGAGAAACAAUUGAUGACAAUGAGAAUGAUGAACGAAUGGUCAGCAAUGGCCAUCAAGAACACAGUGAGAAUGACGAUGAUGACAGUGAGGAUGACUAUUAUCUUUCAGAAUGA